UGUGAACAUACUUUCCCCACAUUUCAGGAUUGAAGGCCACAUCUGGACGCAGAGGAAGCCAUAAGUAUGAGCUUGCUGGGUGAGAUGUAAGCGCAUAUAUGCAGCCUCUUCAUUCGAAUGCCACCUCCCAUUCUCUGCACUCGACUUGCCACACAUACAAGCCUCUGCAUCGAGUCUUUGACUCGCCAGACGUUGGCCAUUCCCCUGUCAGGACCAUAGCGCCAGGAAUCUGGUCCAGCCUAGUCGGAAACUCAGACCAACUAGGGCGGUGAAGCCGGACCAUCAACGCAAUGAUCCGAAGGUGUACAAGCAGUGCCAUCGAGCACGCCGGUACAGCGAGCACUUCAAAGUCGUCUGUUCUCCUCACCCCACCCGCCGCCCGUAUGGGUUCGGCAGUUAAUCAUCGUAGGCAGUCGAGCUACGAGCGAGCCUCUGCACGACUCCUUGCUCCAGACUGCCUCAAUUUGACACUGAGCCCAAAGUGGAAGCGGCACGGUCUGCAGCUCUCAGACCGGCUUGACGCAGGGAAAAGAGAACUGCACAGCACCUCAACGACUCGGGCUACGCGGGUGGUAGACUACUUGUUGGCGGAUGUUGGAGAAGGUAUAACAGAGUGCGAAAUCAUCAAAUGGUGCGUCGCCCUGCUUGCUCGCCCUCCGUGUAUUCUUGAAUCGCCAUGCACAAGUACGCAAGACCGCCUGAGCUGACUUGGCCAACGUUGUCCAUGCUGCCCCUCGAUGAUUGCAUGUCAGGUUCGUUGCACCUGCGAACGACGUCGCCGAGUUCGACGCGUUGGUAGAAGUGCAGUCCGACAAGGCGUGAGUGUGCGCA